AUGAUUCUGUCUCUCAAUCAUCUGCCGGAAGAGAUCCUUCAUUCGAUCCUAUGUUACUCACAUCCACGGUCUGCUGCAGCUCUCCAACAAACCAGCCGCUGGUUCGCAGAUGUGACGAAACGACCCUUACUAUGGCGACAUUACUGCCGAACCUACUACAAAUUCUGGGAUCGGAGACAUGACAUUUACCGGCAAUUUAUCCUCCCAACAACGUCUGUGGAUUGGAAAGCUUUGUUUAUUCAAAGAUAUGGUAUCGAUGGCUCUGUCGCCCAACUUCUGGACAGUAUUCUUGGCAGCCAGACAGGGCGGAUUGAGAAGUUCCGAGCCGUGAUCGAGUUCGGCUAUGAUGCAAAAGAUACGCUGUUAAGGAAUUGCCAAGUUCAGGAGUGUGAUGAUUAUCUCGCAAGGAGCAUAAGAUACUAUGCCCGUGCCCUUUUGACUUGUCUACACCGAAGUAUUGCGGUUCCGGAGUGGGAUAAAUUACGACGUGGCGAGGCAGUCACACUCGACCGCGCCCUGGGCGCAUUCGACCUUUUCAUCCCGGAAAGCGGGUAUGGCGAUUUUGACGAGCUUGAGCAUGCCAUGGCACAAGUGGGUCACUGGCGCCGAACCCGGCGAGCCCAUGUAUCUCGAUCCAUUUCGAGGAGCGAGGAGACGCCGGUCUCCGACCUGCGACAACAGCUGGUAUUCCUCGGCGCAUCUGAGACAGAGCAGAAUGAAUUUCUCGGCGAAUCGUUUCCCUCGGAGGUUGUCUUGCGGUGCAGCAAGAACAUUGUCAACUCAAUCCAUUCUGCAUCCAGGCAAUUCGAUUUACAUGCUUCACCGGUGGACAUCGUGAGUGCGAAAUAUGCGGCUUCGUGGUCAUCAAUGCUUCUUUCAGCCGAUUCGCGGCCAAUGGAUUUACGACACCAACUGGCGUUAUUGAUGGAGCUCUUUGCAACUGACUUUCCCUCUGAUAUCUUUUUGGUGGAGCAGUACAUUGUGCCUUUGUUCAAUGGCCUUCUUGAACAUGAACAUAUACUCGAAAGCCUUCACGUCAUGCGAGCCGUGGACGAGAUUCCGAAGCAGGUCCAUCGCCGAACCGGUGAGAACAGAGCUGUCCGGUAUAAGGUUGGACAGGUCUUCCAGCAUCGCCGAUAUCAUUACCGGGCCAUUAUCACCGGCUGGGACUCGGAAUGUGGCGCUGGGGAACAGUGGAUGAGGCGCAUGGGCAUCGACCGUUUACAAGCUGGUCGCCACCAGAGCUUUUAUCAUGUUCUGGUCGAAGAUCGAAGUGUUCGGUAUGUUGCCGAGGAGAAUAUCAGCCUUGUUCUGCCUGAUGUUGAGGAGCUACCUUCAAGCCUAAUGAGUAUUGCUGGCAAGCAUUUUAAAAGGUGGGACAGAACCGUGCAAGCCUUUGUUAGUAAUGUCAAGGAUGAGUACCCUGAUGAUUAG